CCGGAGGCUUCUAAACAAUCUGCCCGCCCCCCCAUCUUCUCGGCGCCCGCCACCCUCGGCCAUCCGGGCCUUGCUGGGCUGCGCGUGGCCUGCCCCGCUGCUCCGGGCCUCUGAUUCUCGCCCGCCGCCAUGGCAGAGCUGGGCCUAAAUGAGCACCAUCAAAACGAAGUCAUUAACUAUAUGCGUUUUGCUCGUUCAAAAAGAGGCUUGAGGCUCAAAACUGUAGAUUCGUGCUUCCAGGACCUGAAGGAGAGCAGGCUGGUGGAGGAGACGUUCACCAUCGACGAAGUGUCCGAUGUCCUGAAUGGGCUCCAGGCCGUGGUGCACAGCGAGGUGGAAUCCGAGCUCAUCAACACAGCCUACACCAACGUGUUACUCCUGAGGCAGCUUUUCUCCCAGGCCGAGAAGUGGUACCUUAAGCUGCAGACGGACAUCUCUGAACUUGAAAACAGAGAAUUAUUAGAACAAGUUGCAGAAUUUGAAAAAUCAGAAUUUACAUCUUCAAAUAAAAAGCCCCUCGUAGACAUUAUGAAGCCAAAACUUGCGCCACUGAAUGAGAGCGGAACCGCAGAACUCCUAAACAAGGAAAUUUUAAGACUUGUGGAAGAGAAUGAGAAAUUGAAGUCAAGGCUGAGGAACACCGAAGUGCAGGCUACAAACGCACUGGAUGAGAAGUCGAAACUAGAAAGAACCCUACAGGAUUUACAGCUUGACCAAGGAGAUCAGAAGGAUCUCGGGAAGGCCCCAGACCUGAGUGACUUAGAAAACACGGUUGCUGCUCUCAAGAGUGAGUUCCAGAAGACACUUCAGGACAAGGUGGAAAACCAGAAGUCUCUGGAGGAGAAUUUGGCCACCGCCAAGCAUGACCUCCUCCGGGUUCAGGAGCAGCUGAGCCUGGCUGAGAAGGAAUUAGAGAAGAAAUUCCAGCAAACAGCAGCUUAUCGAAACAUGAAAGAGAUUCUCACCAAGAAGAAUGACCAAAUCAAAGACCUGAGGAAAAGACUGGCCAAAUACGAAUCUGAAGAUUAAAAACAAAAUGAAUUCAUCUGGAAGCUGCCACACAUGAAAAUACAAGCUGCUUCUCACCUCAGGCAUGUAUUUUGAAGCAGUUUGUUAUAUUUUUCUCUCUUUAUUUUUCUAAUAUUUAGACUUUCCUUCUAAUAUUUGGAUAUAGAGUUCCUAUUUUCAUUUGUCUAAUUGAGAAGAGCUAGAAUUCACUGAUUCUGGCCAGUCCAAAACUCCUUUCUGCUCAGUGCUCCAGAGUCUUAGUUCAAAUAUCAGAACCAUUUUUUUCCAUGAAGAAGAGAUUUUUAGAGUGGGAGGUAGUCUUUUGAAUUAGUAUAUAAAAGGUACCAUACUAAUGUUGAAAGUUAGCAUUGUCUAUUCUUAUGCAUUCCCCAGUGUAAAUGUCUAGUUAUUAAAAACAGUUAUUACAAAUAAAUCUUAUUUUUAGAAACAAAAUCUAAGUAAUUUUCUGUUUGAUCAUUUAAAUAUUAACUCAUUGAAAAUGUGAAUGCAAUCUAUUUUGGCAAAAUUUUUACCAAUUAACAGUGAACAAGAGGAUUCGCUUACCUUGCUCACUCAGUGUCUAAGUUUUGUGUUUAUCGGAGGAGGUGCAGUCAUUUUUUUGCACCAUAACUAUGAGUCUGUAUAAUUGACGGAGAAGUCAGAGUCAUCCUGUACUACUAUCAUUGAAGAGAUAUCUAGACUUAGAAUAAAUGUAAUCUCUAUACUUUUAAAUUACAUAUUAAAUAAGAACACUAUUAUAAAGGACAUAAGAUCAGUUAUCAGAUCUCAGAUUCAGUUGUUGAUUCUAAUUUUUUAUGUAAACCUAUAGGAAAUGCAUUUUUAUUAUUUCCAGUUGUCCUUUUUUUUUUUUUGAGUGACUUUUGGAUUAGAAAUUAGGAAUCUUUUUAGCAGUUGUGUGGUGCACCAAUAUAGUAUGUGUAUGAACAAAAUAUAAUCCAUAAAUCAGUAAUUCCUCAGAAGCAAAAUGCAUACUUGUUUGCAUAAUUUUAUAUAUAACAUCCUUUCUGUUAUUUACAGAGUAAUUAUUCUCAUUUCCCAGACCAGUGUCACACCCUAAAUGAAUGCCAUUUACUAAGACAGGUCUUUCCACUUUCACAAGUGAAGAUUUUUUUCCUAGAGGACAGCUUUUUGAUCAGAGGGUGAGGCUUGUUGUUAUUUUUACUCAAGCUUUUAGUGUUAGCCUUGAAUUUAUUUUUCUAAGACUUCAUGUUAAAACGAUUGAUUGAUAAAGGGAAAGAUAAUUCCCCCCCACAGGACACAGAUAUCUUUAAAAGAAUGACGAAUCGGAGAAGGUAGGGAUAGAUUUAGUCUGCUGGUACAAUCUAUGAAAUCUCUUUAAGUGCCAUUCCCUUAGCCAGGCCACUCAUCAGUGUCCAUGACUCACUUUAACUGAGACCUCCAGUUUCAUGCCCUCAUUCUUUAUCCCAAAUGUAAUGCUGUUUCCAAAUAUAUUCCAUUUUUUAUGGACCAAUAUAUAGGAUAUUUUAUAUAGUUCAGAAACUGAACUUUAGAUUAAAUGGCUAGAGCCCGUAGAAACCGUUAUUUCUUCCCUGCACCUCUGUUAGUCUGAUACCUGUGAGGAAGGAAGGUGUGUUGGGAAACGUGUGUCACUUGGUGGACUUUCAGCUUGGGUUUUGGGUCGCACUUUAGAAUAUUCUGUAAAAUGUGUACCACUUCAACAGUACACUCAAAAGUAUUCCUGAAGCUUUAAAACCAAACCAUGCCAUCAUUCAGAUUAAACAGGUGUGAUAGUCUUUGACAAGUCAGCAGGAUUUCUUUUACUUGUAAACUCGGGGCUCUGGUUUUAUCACAGUUUUGUUUAAUUCAUGUCUUCAUGCAGUCUUAAAAUUUUUAUUGAAGUGUUUCUUAGUUUCAAGAUCAUUGAACUAAGGAACUCUUUUUCAGUCUAUAUUUGUUGGAUUUCCAAGAACAUUGGUUAUAGCAUGAGUUGAACUUCAAGUAUUUCUAGUGUGAAUGGCCAGUGUGAGCAUUGGUAACUAUUGUAAUAUGUUUUGGUUUAAUUACAAAUCCAGCUACCUACUAAAUUAUGACUUGGGCCUUUCAUGGACAGAAAUAAAAUGUAAAAGUUUUAUGUUA